AUGGCAAAAAGGAAUGCCAUUACAGGAAAUUUUCUUUCGAGACACUCCAAAAUCUAUGAAAUUGAGAAUCUAAGAGGUCCUCCUGGGGUCAUCCGAACAAAAGGAGCCAACACUGUUUGCCCAAUUGAUGGAAGAUUGGGAGCUGCCUAUGUACACACUCUACAAGGAGAAGACCAUGUUGGAGAGGCCACUCAUAUGCUCAGUUAUUCGUGGGAUUAUUCGAUUGGAGAUAUUGUGGAUACCCUUUCUGAUUUCUGUCACCAGCACAAGCUCCACCCAAAGAGAACGUAUAUCUGGAUUUGCUGCCUCUGCGUCAAUCAACACAGGGUUGUAGAGAAUGCUUCUAAUGAGGACAAGUCGGGAAUGAUAGCCCCCGUCGACAACAUAGAUUUCUUUGCCAUCUUUGGAGAGCGAGUCAAAAAGAUCCAACAUUUGUUGGCAAUGAUGGCUCCUUGGGGUGCACCAGUGGCGCUGACAAGAGUUUGGUGCAUUUUUGAGAUCUUUACGGCUCACACUACAGACGGAUGCAAGCUGGACAUUGUCAUGCCACCCAAAGAAAAGCAUUCACUAGAACAGGACGUCAUCAAGAAUGGACAAGGCAUCAAUGCGCUAUAUGAGACACUUGGUAAGACCAAAAUUGAAAAUGCCAAUGCAUCCGUCGAAAGUGACAGGGUAGCCAUCCUGAGAAAGGUGGAGUCAGAUGUUGGGUAUUCAGCACUCAACAAUUUGGUCAAUGACUUGUUGCGUGGAUGGAUGCAUGGUGUUUUGACUCAAUUGGUGGAGAGUAGAGAAAUUACAAGAGAUGAGGAAUAUGUGGAUUUUUGCAAUCAGAUUGGAUCUAUUCUUGGCAAGAAUGGAGAGUAUGAUGCAGCUAUAAAACUCCAUCAGGCUGCUCUGUCAAUUUCUGAGACUGCUUUGGGUGAUGACUAUGCGAGAACUGCCACCAGCUAUCAUAACAUUGGAAUUGUAAUGAUGAAUUUGGGUGACUGUGAAGGCGCCCUUUCAGCUUACAAUGAAGCCCUUGCCAUCAGAUUGUCAGCGUAUGGUGAGAGUCAUCCUGAUACAGCCGAAUCUUACAACAGCACUGGAUGUGUACUUCAUGCCAAGGGUCUCCACGAAGGUGCUUUGUCAAGGCACAAUGAAGCUCUUGCAAUAAGAUUGUCGAUUUUGGGCAAGAAUCAUCCCUCCGUGGCAACAACCUACAGUAACAUUGGAGCAGUUCUCAAAUCCCAGGGUUGCUUUCAAAGUGCAUUGUCAAAAUAUAAGGAUGCUCUUGCCAUUAGAUUGUCAGCACUAGGCAAGGAUCACCCUCUUGUGGCAACCACAUACAACAAUAUUGGUUCUGUCCUGGGUGAUAUGGGUGACAAUGAAGGUGCCUUGUCAAAGUUCAACGAAGCUCUUGCCAUUUUUGAGUCUGUAUUGGGCAAGGACCAUCCUGAUGUGGCAACCAGCUACAACAAUAUUGGGGCUGUUCUGUUGAAAAAGGGUGACAAUGGAGGUGCCUUGUCCAAAUUUGCAGAGUGUCUUGCAAUUUGGAAGCCUGCAUUGGGACUGCAUCAUCGCAAUACCAAGGGUUGCCUGGAAAUGAUAGAAAGUGUCAAGGCAAAAUUAUCAACCAGCUAUUGCACCUCGAUCGAGAUGGGUGACUGCUCUGGAGUCUUAAUGAAAUACGAGGAAUGUCUGGCAAUAGAAGAGUCAGCAUUGGGCAAAGAUCAUCCCUCAGUGGCAACCAGUUACAACAACAUUGGGCUUGUACUAGAAGACAUAGGUGACUAUGAAACCGCGUUGGCAAAGCACAAGGAAGCUCUUGCCAUUAGAUUGUCAGUGUUGGGCAUGAAUCAUCCUGAUGUGGCAACCACCUGCAGCCAAAUUGCUGUUCUAUUGUACCGAAUGAAAGACUAUUCUGGAGCCUUGGUUAAGUUUGAAGAGUGUCUUGCCAUCAGGGAACAUGUGUUG